ACCGCCGCCCUGCCAUUGCCGCCUCACCACCUUGAGAAGCCCCUGACUCCCUACCGCAACCAUGUCUGACAACGGCGAGAACGGCGAGGAGCUAGUUACCAAGCCCUUCAAGUUUGUCACUGGUGGCUUCGAUGCCCGCUUCCCCAACCAGAACCAGACCAAGCACUGCUGGCAAAACUACGUCGACUACCACAAGUGCAUCAUCGCCAAGGGCGAGGAAUUUUCUCCCUGCCGCCAGUUCAUGCUGGCCUACAAGUCUCUGUGCCCCAGCGGCUGGACAUCGCGAUGGGACGAUCAGCGUGAGGCCGGAAACUUCCCCGUAAAGCUCGACCAGUAAGCAGCUCGCUUGCACAAAGCGCAGCACGUAAGGGGUUUUUUAGAGCAGCAGAAGAAGGGAGGACCAGAGUCUGACAUUUGCAACUUAGAGCUCUGUAUCAUAGCCAUGGAUAUCAGCAAUGCAGCUCGAGUUCACG